AUGUGUCUAGCGGUGAUUGACAACACAGACGCGCUCGUGGCGUCUGCCACACUUCGCACUACGGACAGUGGUUUGGCAGAGGAGGGAGCUAUUGCUCUGGCCAUUGUCCACGCCUCGACAUUACCGUCACAGCCGGACGCCCCUGUCACCAUAGUGACAGACUCACAGGCUGCUUGCCGUGCCUUUGCGCAUGGACUUGUGGCUGCGCAUACUCACAAUAUCCUGUUUUGUUACUACCGACAGAGACGUUAUACGUAUCCUCCUCCCCAUCCUUCACUUAACAGAGCAGAUGCCGUCGCUUGGCGGCAACUGCAGACUAAUUCAUUCCCUUGCCUCUAUAUGCUGCAUCUCUUUCAUCCCACUCUAUACCCUUCCUACUGCCCCUACUGUGGAUCCGAACCAACAGUCUAUCAUUCCACGUGGAAAUGCUCUAGUCCACGGGGCGUUCCUCCUAUCCCCAACCCCACCCUUUCCUCUUGGGAGUCUGCACUGCUCAGCUUAGGCCGGAAGGAACAGCAACAGCUGGUCCAGCGGGCUCGCAGGGUCGUGCAAGGCAAUGGAGCCCUGGACUGA